ACCAGCAGCAGUAGUGUCAACAGCCAGAAAACAAACGCAUAAUUUGUUUUGUAGUGCUGCAAACUAUUCCUUUUUGUUAAAGACUUAGGAGCUGGAGGAGCCCCACGGCGCGUGCAGACGACAGGUCCUUGCGGACUCCCCUGCGCGCUGCUUUCCCCAUCGCUGCAAGGCGGCGAGACACCGAGCUCUUUCCUCCUCUGGCUCCAAGUUAAUCAUCUGUUUGCAAUUAACCUGCGACCUCCCGCCCCCGCACACGCUGGGCAGUGCUGUAGCUUUAACGCAGGCGGUGGAAGCGGGAGGGAGGACAGCGGUGCCAGGUCCAGCCCCGAAGCUGCCGCAGAUCCCUCACUCCUGGCCCCGGUCCCAGCAGCGCUGCCUGCCAUGGGGAGCUGCAGGGUCCUCGCCGUGGUCCUCGCCUUCCUCGCCCUCCUCUCCAUCGCUGCUGCCCGCCGCAAGCUGCUGGUGUUCCUGCUCGACGGCUUUCGCUUCGACUACAUCGACGACAAGGAGCUGGAGGCUCUGCCGGGCUUUCAGAACAUCGUCAACAUGGGGGUGAAGGUGGAUUACAUGACCCCAGAUUUCCCCAGCCUCUCCUACCCGAACUAUUACACGCUGAUGACAGGUCGCCACUGUGAGGUCCAUCAGAUGAUUGGAAACUACAUGUGGGACCCAAAGACUAAUGUAUCUUUCGAUAUUGGCGUGAAUAAAGAAAGCCUGCUGCCUCUCUGGUGGAAUGGAUCGGAGCCUUUGUGGGUCACAAUGACAAAAGAAAAAAAGAACGUUUUCAUGUACUACUGGCCAGGUUGUGAGGUCGAAAUCCUUGGAGUCAGACCAAGCUAUUGCCGCGAAUACUUCAGUGUCCCGACAGACAAAAACUUUGCAGAUGCUAUCAGUGACGCUCUCGAGUCUUUCCGCAACGGCAGUGCCGAAAUGGCCGCGGUGUACUACGAGCGCAUCGACGUGGAAGGCCACCACUAUGGCCCUUCGUCCGAGCAGCGGAAGAGUGCUUUGAAAGAGGUGGACAAAGCCUUGAGCAACAUGAUCAGCCAGAUCAAGAGCAAGGGCCUUCAGAAUGAUGUCAAUGUCCUCCUCUUCUCUGACCACGGGAUGACGGACAUCUCGUGGACGGACAAAGUGAUUGAGCUGAAGAACUACAUCAAUAUGAGUGAUACCAUUCAAAUGAAGGACCGGGGUCCUGUCGUCAGCCUUUGGCCAGUUCCAGAGAAGCACACAGAGAUAUAUCAAAAAUUGAAAGCUGCAGAACACAUGGAUGUUUAUAACAUACAGGAUAUUCCAGAGAGGUUUUUCUACAAAAAAGGAAAAUUUGUUUCUCCUCUAACCCUUGUUGCUGAGAAGGGAUGGUUCAUAGUAGAGAGCAGGGACAAGCUGCCCUUCUGGGAGAACGGCACGGGGAAGAGGGAGGCCUGGCAGAACGGCUGGCAUGGCUACGACAACGAGCUCAUGGAGAUGAGAGGCAUCUUCCUCGCGUAUGGUCCAGACUUCAGAUCCAACUUCCGAGCGCCUCCGAUCAGGUCCGUGGAUGUCUACAACGUCAUGUGCACCCUCGCGGGAGUACAGCCGCUGCCAAACAAUGGCUCCUGGGACCGGGUGGAGUGCAUGCUCAGAAACACGGCCGCCUUGGCACCGCUCCGCCAGUGGAGCAGCUGUGCGCUCGCCCUGACUCUGCUCUCGCUCCUCGCCCAGCAGAUCUGGUUGCUGUGAUCCCCGAACAAUGUUGGUCACUGUCACCAGCAACUUGAUCCUUCUCCUUUUUUUUUUUUUUUUUGUAUGUGUGUGUUUUGUUCUUUGUUUCUCUGUGUGUGUUUUGUUUUUUUAAGUUCUUCAUUUGAAUAAUAGCUUUAUUAAUAGAGUGCUGUCCCCCGCUCAGCCGUCGUGCUCCGCCAGGCGUGAAUCCGACCCAUCCUGCUUUUACAGCAGUUAUAACGUGAAGACAGGUUUUGUGCUGCUUUAAACACAGCCAGGAAAGCUGGUGUCGCUGCUCUAGAUUUACAGAGCUGGCAAUGGGAGCAGGAUUCAGGCUGGCUAACAGCAAACUUUUCUGGUGGGUGCAUGCGGAGAUCCCUGGACAUCAAGCAUUUCUUACCCCAGCAAGUUUAACCGAGAGGCUCGCCCUGAUUCCUGCUCAGGGGUGGAGGCAGACCUCUGUGCAUUUACCUUGCUGUGUCUGGCUUACUCCUUUAUCUCCAGCAGACCUCCACUUCUCCUUACAGUGCCAGCCAAGCCCGGUCCCUACCAACCCCUUCAUCAAAGAGCCAAGCUCUUCGCUGAGCAAUCGUAGUGCCAAGAAAGGUGGAUCAGCAGGAGAGCAGUGGGAGCAUCCUAAUUCUCCCAGCCUUUCCUUCUUCGUUUUCCCUUAAAGCAAGCCCUGGCACUGCAUGCCCCUGGGGCUGGGCUUUCAUCAGUGACCGCAGCUGGAGGGAAGGCUGGGGCAAGAGGAGACUGAUGGAAAUCCUCCACACCAGAAACUGGAGGACAUUGAAAUGGCAUCUGGACACACCAGGUUCAGGACCAAGUACGAUGAGGAAGCCUGGCAUUUAACAGCCUCUCUGCUUUUCCUGGUGAAGAUGAUAUCACCUGCUUAGUUGUUUUUUGUUCGUUUAUUUUAUCCAAUUGUGUUUCUGAAGGUUUUCAACAGCUACUACUUUUCUACCAGCUCCUGCUCUCUACGUCUCUGCCAUUGAAGCAAUGUGGUGGGCAGCACAUUCCCUUGCUGUUUUUCUUUAGAGGUGGUAUUCUGCUGCAGGGAGAGAGGUUUACACAGAUGCAUCUCUCUACACCUCUCUCUCAGUUAAGCCUAGCUAAGAUUUCCACCUUGGGAUAUGAAACCCAAAGUCGUAAUGGUUGACUUAAAUAUAGCAGGAGAGCAUGAGGCUGCUCUCAGAGGUAAUGCAUCUGAAGGUCAAGUCAAAUGGAUGAUAUAAUCCUGAAAACAUCAACACAGCAGACAUAGUAAAUCCCCUGAAAAAAAAAAAAAAA